AUGCCCUUACAGGGAUCAGUGUCAUUCAAGGAUGUGACCGUGGACUUCACCCAGGAUGAGCGGCAGCAUCUGGACCCUGCUCAGAAGGCCCUGUAUAGGGAUGUGAUGUUGGAAAACUAUUGCCACUUCAUCUCUGUGGGGUUUCAUAUGUCUAAGCCGGAUAUGAUCCACAAGUUGGAACAAGGAGAAGAGCUAUGGACACUGGGAAUUUUUCCAAGUCAGCGCUACCUAGACCAAGAUGGAAAAGCUGAAGAUGUUUUAGUGAAGUUCAAAGAAUACCAGGAUGGACAUUCUAGAUCAGUUGUCUUCAUCAACAAAAAACUAAUUAAGGAGAAAAGUAUUAUUUAUGGUAAAAGACUUACUCUAGGCAAGAACCAUAUUAUUUCAAAAACAAUACUGUGUGAAUAUAAACCUGAUGGAAAGAUUUUGCAAAAUAUUUCAGAAUUAGUCAUAAGAAAUAUAAGCCCCUUAAAUGAGAAGUUUGGAGAGAGUAAUGGAUGGGAGAAAUCACUCCUCAAUCCUAAGCAUGAGAAAAUUUAUCCUAUAGUGAAUCUCCAUAAACAAACAGAAAAAGAUCUCAGUGGCAAACAGGAACUUAUUCAACACCAGAAGGUUGAAACUCCAGAACAAUCAUUUGAGCAUAAUGAAUGUGAAAAAUCCUCCCUUAUGAAAGGAAUGUUAUCUACACAAACUAGAGCUCAUAGAGGAGAAAGAACUUUUGAAUACAGUAAAGAUGGAAUUGCCUUCAUAGAAAAGUCAAAUCAACAUCCACACAGUCUUAUGGAAAAGAAGCCCUCUGCCUACAACGAAUAUGGGAAAUUCCUCUGUAGGAAGUCUGUUUGUAUCAUGCAUCAGAGAUCUCAAACAGAAGAGAAAGCCUUUCAAUGUCCUUACUGUGGGAAUGGCGUUAGAAGGAAGUCAUACCUUAUUGAACAUCAGCGAAUUCACACAGGUGAGAAACCGUAUGUUUGUAAUCAAUGUGGAAAGGCCUUCUGUCAGAAGACAGCCCUCACUCUUCAUGAAAAAACACAUAUAGAGGGGAAACCGUAUAUUUGUAUUGAUUGUGGGAAGUCCUUCCACCAGAAGGCAACCCUCACUAGGCAUCACAAAACACAUAUAGGAGAGAAAGCCUAUGAAUGUACUCAAUGUGGAAGUGCCUUUAGAAAGAAGUCGUACCUCAUUGAUCAGCAGAGAACUCACACAGGAGAGAAACCAUAUCAGUGUAAUGAGUGUGGAAAAGCAUUUAUUGAGAAGACAACUCUCACUGUCCAUCAGAGAACUCACACAAGAGAGAAACCCUAUCUUUGUAAUGAAUGUGGGAAGUCCUUCUGCCAAAAGACAGAUAUCACUCUUCAUCAGAGAAUUCAUACAGGGGAAAAACCCUAUAUUUGUAAUGAAUGUGGGAAGUCCUUCCACCAGAAGGCAAUCCUCACUGUUCAUCACAGAAUACAUACAGGCGAGAAAUCCAGUGGAUGUCCUCAGUGUGGAAAGGCUUUUAGUCGAAAAUCAAACCUUAUUCGCCAUCAGAAAACUCACACAGGAGAGAAACCACAUGAAUGUAAAGAAUGUGGGAAGUUCUUCAGUUAUAAGUCAAAUUUCAUUGUCCAUCAGAAAACUCACAAGGUACAAACCAUUGGAAUUCAGUAA